GGUGUCAUGGUGGUUCAUUUGACGUUUAUCUUGGUGAGCCAUGUCAUAAAAAGUGUACCUACAGCGCCUGAGUGAAAGUAAUAUCAAUCUAAAUAGUGAGGUCUCGUAAAAAGUUAAACUAAACGUCUCAGAAAGGAGCAAACUAAAUAAUAAAUGCGUUUUACACAAUGCCUCCUAAGAUUAACAAAGUAGGACGACCUCCAGGCUCUAAAAACAAAAUCAAAAAUAAGAUAGAUGAUGUUUCCGAAGCGUGUGAAUUUUGUAAGGAGGUUUACGACUCCCCCAAGCAGUACAAAGCUCAUUUGCAAUAUUGCAAGACAUCGGUAUUGCAGUCCGCACAAAAACGAGAUACGACCUACAACUGUUCUAAAUGCAACAAGAAGUUUAAACUAAAGAUAAACUUUAAAAACCAUCUCAAAAAUGAACACUCAAGGACUCCAGGCAGCAUCAAAUGUAAACAGUGCUUUGUUGUUUGCCCAAACGAUGAGGUCCUUACCAGACACGUAGAGUUGAUUCACCAGAGAGAAAUAUUUGAGUGUGAGCACUGCGGCACAAAGUUUGUGAGACGCUCCCAUGUUGCUAGACAUAUGAAGCAGAAGGGUUGCGACGGCAAAAAUGUCAAUUUGUUUCCUUGUGAAAUAUGUGAUGCUUCUUUCACGCGGAAAGACAAUCUGAUGGUGCACCUCAGACUGCAACACAUUAGCAGAUUAGAUUACAGUUGCAAACAUUGUGAGUUUAGCACCAAAAACUUCUCCAAGUUGAUUUUACACACACAGAAGUUUCACAUAGAGAACCUCCAGCUGGAAUGUGAUUAUUGUGGAAAAAUGACGGGCUCCCGUGCGGCGAUGACUAAACAUCUGGAGAUACACGGGGAGAAGAAAUAUGCUUGUGAUGUGUGCGGCUACAACACGUACACGAUCGAGGUGAUGCGGCGCCACGUGCUCACACACGUGCCGGACAAGCCGCACAAGUGUCCGCUGUGCGAGCGCUCCUACAUACAGAAGGUGCAGCUGCAGCGCCACAUGAAGAACCACUCGGGCCACUGCUGCACCACCUGCGGGGACACCUUCAAGACUGAGGCCAAAUUAAUAAUUCACAAAAACCAACACAGGACUAAUGGUUUGUCAUGCCCAUUUGUAGACUGUGAGUUCAGCAAAAAGGGAUUCAAGAACCAGGACUCCCUUGAAGAACACCUGAAACUGCAUUAUGAACCGUUCAAGUGCGAGGUGUGCAACAAGCGGUUCCAGAACGAGACGAACAUGCGCCGCCACCUCAGCACGCACGCGCUGGAGAAGCCGCGCCGCUGCAUGUACUGCGUGCGCGCGCGGGCCUACGCGCGCGGCGAGCACCUCAUCCGCCACGUGCGCAAGUCGCACCCCAAGGUGUUCCGCGAGCGGCUGGAGCACGUGCGCCGCGUGCUGGGCUCCGUGGUGAGCGUGGAGCGCGUGUGCAAGUCGGAGAUCGAGUCGAUCCUCAACGUGCUGGACGCGGAGUCGGAGCGCAUCAUCAGCGGGUACGGCGAGGGCGUGCUGUACGGCGGCCUGCGCGAGAUGUCGCCCGGCGAGGAGGCUGCCAGGGAGGAAGAAUUGCAAGAAGAGGAGUCGCCCUUGAUGUCUGAGGAAGAACUGGCGCAAAGUCUCAGGAAGCUCUUGAUGCAGCUCAUCGACAAGGAAAUGCUGGAGUGCUUUGGAUGGCCGGAUGAAUCUAUUGAUGUGGUGCUAGAGAAGGUGAUCGAGAACUGCGGAGCGCGCGCCGCCGACCGCGACAAGUGGACGCUGGUGCAGCGCCUGCGCGAGAACGCCAAGCACCUGUUCCUGUACGUCAUCGAGGACAAGGACAUCGCGCGCAUGAUGGACACGCACACCAUCGACCAGAUCAUCAAGCACAUCCUGCAGCAGGUCUCCGAUGAGGACGAGCAGAACGCCGCGGAGCUGACGCAAGCAAGUUAAGUAGGUCCCGUGAAGAGAAAAAGACUUUGUCGACCAAUAGCGGCUGAACCGGAAACGUCCUAACGCAACAAUGCGAAGUAUAUUUCCAGUUUAUUGGCCGUGGUUGCCCUAAAUGUACCCACCAAUGUUAAGGGCUCAUACUUGGUGGAAAUACUUAACAAUGUGCAAAAUAUACUCCCAUAACUUCAUCUCUUGCACUCGAGUAACUGCAAAAAUUUUCUCUUCGGCUCCCAUACUAUUAAGCCGCAUAGACUUAAUAAAUCAGUCAUCAAUCGUAGCUACAAGCAUUUGCAUUAAAACUUAUGAGACGUGAUAGCCCAGUGGAUAUGACCUCUGCCACCGAUUCCGGAGGGUGUGGGUUUGAUUCUGGUCUGGUGCAUGCACCUCCAACUUUUCAGUUGUGUGCAUUUUAUAAGAAAUUAUAUAUCAUGUGCCUCAAAUGGUGAAGGAAAACAUUGUGAGGAAACCAGCAUACCAGAGAGUUUUCUUGAUUCUCUGCGUGUGUGAAGUCUGCCAAUCCGCAUUGGGUCUGCGUGGUGGACUAUUGGCCUAAUCCGUCACAUUCUGAGAGGAGACUCGAGCUCAGCAGUGAGCCGAAUAUGGGCUGAUGAUGAUGAUGAUAACUAUUGGUCGACAUGUCCUUUUGUCUUUACGAAAUUUGUCGUGGCACGCAUCGAGCUUUGUAAAUGCGCUGUAAUGCCAAAAUAAUAUCAAUGAAAUGUAAACAUAAUGUCUGUUUUCCGAAAAAUCAUAAUCAUGAAGGGUAGACGAGAAGGUGCGUUGAGAGCUAAUACAUUUUUGGGGAUUGUAAAAUUUGAAAUAAAUCAAACAAUUCUGCAGCAAAUGUCCGCCAUGACGAUGAUCAAAUGCCGCAAAGAUUUCGCAAUAAAAUCAACCACUUUCUGGCAAGUUAGGUAAGCUCAAACGUGGCACUGCAAUACCAAAAAUACAUGAAUGAAAUAUAAAAAUGGUGUUUUUUUUUUGGAAAAUCAAGGAAGCACACAAGAUUUUCCAAACUUAUUGAUAAGUGAAUUUUAUAUUUUAUUACGAUUUAUACAAAAUAUACUGUAGUUGGGUUUAUGCUUAGGACUAGUGAAGGACUAUUAUGUAAUCUUUAGAACAAUUCGCCGUAAUAAGGUAACUAGUGUAAGGUAAUUACUUAUUAGUUGUGAUGAAAGCUAUGUUCAUAAAAAAGUUCAUUCAUAUUUUGCCUCAACAGUGUUAUUUUUUGUUCUGUUAUUAUGUAUAUUAUGACAAAAUAAAAUAUUCCUAUUCUACAUCUGUAGAAUCUAUUUUCGACCGGCUAUUGGUCGACAAUACUUUUUCUCUUCAGUGGAAUUUAUACAGGGUGCUCGGGAGUAAUUCCCAUAACUUGAGGGUGUUGACAAGUCCACUUAUAGGAGCAAAACUGCAUAACUAUUUUUUUUUAACAAAAAAAAUUUCAAUGUUUUCAUACAAAGUAAUUCAAAUAGUUCCAGCUAUCCAUGUAACACAAGCCUCUUUAUCUAUUCUUGCAAUUUUAAAUACGUAAUCGUAGUGGUAAGACUGUCGAUAUCGACUAGAUAUUGCAACUGGCACUCCGAACUUCGUUAGUAAGCUACUUCAUGAUAUUUAUCAAUGAAUAAGUUUGGCUAGGUCAUAAUAUAAGGCUUAUAUCGCAUAUAUAAGGGCCACAAUUUAAAAUCUAUUUACAAAAGAAAUACUUUUCACUACGAAACUAUUCAUUUUAGAACAGAUGUUUCUUAGACAUUUUUAAUUAAUUUUCCUUAGAGAAUAUAUCCCCAAUGGAAUACUCCCGAGCACCAUGUAUAUCGCUGCCUCUUUGAUCCCAACUCAAACAAGAACAGAGCGAUGUUUUAGAUGCGCCGCUAUUGGUCGAGAUUUGUCUUCAUCUCGAUAUGUCGGGGGACGCUAACUUAGGGCUAAUGGACAUAGACAAGCAAUAAUUAAUCACAAUUAAAUAUUUUAUUUAAGUUAUUAAUAUGUUUAUCAAUCAAAUCAUUACCUAGAGUAACUUAUUGUUUUAGUUUAGAGUAAACUUAAGUUAAUAAAAAUAAAAGACAUGUCUGUGAACGAGGUGUACCCUGGGCCUGUAGCCAUGUGGCACGUCGAUUCUCUUUCUACAAACGCUAACGCUUCGUAAAGUAACAAAAUGUAUGCGAAUGACAGCUCCGAUCGACAACUUGAUCACGUGACCUUUCGAUAGUGAAUGUCAUUCCCAUACAUUUUGUUAGUUUUCGAAGCGUUAACGUUUGUAGAAAGAGAAUCGACUUGCCACAUGGCUACAGGCCCAGCCCCACAAGCCAAGUGGCACGUCGAUUCUAUACUAUUCUAUAUAGAGAAAUCUCGAUUCUCUAUAGAGAAUCGAGAUUUCUCUAUAUUAAUCGAAAAGUCGAUUCUAUUCUAUAUAGAGAAAUGUAUGGGACAGACAGAUCUUGAUCACGUGACCGAAGUCGAUAGCAAAUGUGAAUCCUAUACAUCUUUCCAGUUUUCGAAGCGUUAGCGAUCGUAGAAAAAGAAUCGACUUGCCACUUGGCUACGGGGGCUGGUGUUUUAGACGGCAGUUAAUAGUAUAAGGUAUUAUACAUACUAUUAUCAUUGCUCUGGUGGGAGAUAUAGAAUAUUUAUUAUUAAGUUUAAUAUUAUAAUAAUAUGGUUGGGUAUAGUUUAAAUACAAAUAUGGAAUCAUGUUAGUGUUUGUCAUACACACAAUGUUUUAGAUCACAUCAAUGAUAUUUUAUACUAGAGAUAUGGCAAUAGCGCAUCAAAACUGAGGCGGACAAAUGUGCAUAAUUGUCUUAAUUUUAUUAAGUCGCUUACUUAAUAACGAAAGUUAUUUAAACAAAUAAUACCUAAAUAUUAUUUACAAAGUCGAGUUGUGUGGUCAGGAAGUGUAAAAACUAUAUAUAUACACAAAUAUAUAUUGUAAGUAAACACAAAAUUGUGCUCAGUGGAUUGUGCUAAAUUCGGAUCACUUUUUUCAGAUUUUGUAGGCACGUAACAAUGAUGUUAAAUAGUGUUAGAUGUGUAACUAGUUCAUGAAAAAUGAGGCGCUCAAAAGAGGCAAUUUCCACAUCUCAACGUUAAUUGUGGGCAACAACGAACGUUAUUUAAACAAAUAAUAUCUAUAUAUCGUCUACAAUGUCGAGUUGAGUGUUCAGGAAGUGUAAAAACUAUAUACACAUAAAUAAAUAAUUGAAUUACAGAUAAAAUUAUGCAUGUGUGCGCUCAGUUUUGUAGCCUAUUAUUCAGAUCACUUUUUGCGGUGAUUUUGUAGGGACGUAACCGAUCUAUAGCAUAAAAUUAUCAUUGAGACAUAACACAUCUAUAAUAUAAAAUAUCGUUCGAUCAUAUACAAUUAUGUUAUUCUUCCAUUAUAUUAUAUUUGUAACGGGUACAGUAAGAAUUAGUUGUUAGUGUAAUUUUAAGAAUUUUAACAGAUCAAUUUCCAUCUAAAAAGAAAAUCAAGCAAUGCUUAAUGUGCCUUUAUCGUGAAAUUGACUUAUAUGAGAAUCAUGUAAUUUUUAUGUAAAUUUUAUGAAAUAAAUUUUAUUCGAGUUAUAUUAUAUUAACUAAAAUCAAUGAAAUGUUUCACAUUACAGUUAUUUUUAUAGUGUUUAAAUAAUAAUAAUUAAAGAAAGGCUCAUGUAAAAUUGACCCUGGCCAACAUCUUUUUUAUAUAUUAAAGAAGAUUUUAUGUUACUAAAGGAAAUCAAAGAAAUACUUGUUAUAAAUUAUGUCACAUUUACAUAGUUUGAUUGAUUUAAAUGAAAUAAUUGAAAAAAAAAUUAUAUAGCAUGCUGUUCAGUGUUCAUAAUAAUUAUUACUGUUUUAUUUUAAAAUAUUUAAGACCACACUAGCGUUUUUCAAGCCUAAACAGACAGACUGUCUCAAUUAGAAAUUAUGUCAUUUUGUAUAAAGAGGUCCUGGAUUCGAUUCCCAGGUCGAAGCAAUUUAGGAUUUUAUAUUUUUUUAAUUGAAGUCUGGUGUAGUCGUUUUGACUGUGGCUAGUUACCGCCCUACCAGCAAAUACUGUAAAGCAUCAUAUUUUGUUAUAUGUAUGUGAGUAACUUCUUGAGUAAAAACUUCUUUGUGUGUAAAAAAACUGUCUGCUUAGGCUCUAAGACCUGUUAAAACGUUCUUAGACGUUCCUCAAUAUGGAAAUUAAAGCUCGAUCCACUUGAGAACGUAAUUGUGAUGUUAUUUGUAUGGUGAAGAAAUCAACACUGCACUUAAUAUGUGCUCUUUAGUCGACUAACGUCUAUUAAUAUCGUCCGAGAGUAGUUCUUGACGUAAUUUGUAAGCUAUAAUUUUUCACUUAAUCAAUUUUAUAAUUAAAAAAUGUUGAUUUUAUCAGUUAUUUAAUUUUUAUAGUUUUGGCACUGAUUGCAUUUUAAAUAAUAUUGUUAUAAUUAUGUUAAUAUGAUAAAUAAAAUACUUUGAAGGUGAGA